GACUCGUCGUCCGACGACGACAAGCCUCUCGCCCAGGUCACGGCCGCCGCCGCCAAGCGCCCGCGCGCGUCGACGUCGCGCAAGAGCAUGAAGGACGACGACUCGGACGACGACCUGACGCCCGCGUCCGACUCGGACUCGGACGGCGACGGCGACUUCUCGAGCGCCUCGGAGGCGCCGAAAAAGAAGAAGGCGGCGGCGAAGAAGGCCGCGGCGCCCAAGAAGGCGGCGGCGGCGACGGCGGCCAAGGGCAAGGCGGCGCCCAAGAAGGCGCCCGCCGCGAGGCGCGUCAAGAGCGAGGACGCCGAGUCGGCGUCGGCCUCGCCUGCGCCGGCCAAGAAGGGCAAGGGCAAAGCGAAGAAGGAGGACGACGACGACGAGGGCGGCAGCGGCGACGAGGUCUUCAAGUGGUGGGAGAACCAGCAGGACGGCGAGAGCAAGUGGCGCACGCUCGAGCACUCGGGCGUCCUCUUCCCUCCCGAGUACGAGCCGCACGGCGUCAAGAUGAAGUACGAGGGCAAGCCGGUCGAGCUCGCGCCCGAGGCCGAGGAGGUCGCGUCGUUCUUCGCCGCCAUCCUCGAGACCGACUACCCGAAGAACCCGACGUUCGUCAAGAACUUCUUCGCCGACUGGCUCAAGGUGCUCAAGGCGCACCCUUGCCCCGACGGCACCAAGAUCCGCGACUUCGACAAGUGCGACUUUACGCCCAUCUUUGCCUACCUCGAGGCGCAGAAGGCGGCCAAGAAGAGCAUGACGGCCGCCGAGAAGAAGGCGGCCAAGGCUGAGCGCGACGAGGCCGAGGCCAAGUACAAGACGUGCUUCCUCGACGGCCGCAAGGAAAAGGUCGGCAACUUCAGGAUUGAGCCGCCGGGCCUGUUCCGCGGUCGCGGCGAGCACCCAAAGACGGGCAUGCUCAAGACGCGCGUUCGCCCCGAGCAGAUCACGAUCAACAUCGGCAAGGGCGUCCCCGUUCCUCCAGCGCCGGCCGGCCACCGCUGGAAGGACGUCGUGCACGACGACAAGGUGACGUGGCUCGCGACGUGGAAGGAGAACAUCAACGGCAACGUCAAGUACGUCUUCCUCGCCGCCGGUUCCUCGCUCAAGGGCCAGAGCGACCUCAAGAAGUUUGAGAAGGCGCGCAACCUCAAGGAGCACGUCGACCGCAUCCGCGCCGACUACACGGCCGACCUCAAGUCGAAGGAGAUGGCGACCCGUCAGCGCGCCGUCGCCAUGUACCUCAUCGACCGCUUUGCGCUCCGUGCCGGCAACGAGAAGGGCGAGGACGAGGCCGACACGGUCGGGUGCUGCUCGCUCCGGUUCGAGCACGUCACGCUCACGCCGCCCAACAAGGUCACGUUCGACUUCCUCGGCAAGGACUCGAUCCGGUACGUCAACGAGGUCGAGGUCGACGAGCAGGUCUUCAAGAACCUCAAGCUGUUCAAGAAGGAGCCCAAGACGGUCGGCGACCUCCUGUUCGACCGCCUCAGCACGACGGUCGUCAACAAGUACCUCACGUCGUACAUGGACGGCCUUACGGCCAAGGUGUUCCGCACGUACAACGCGUCGUGGACGUUCGCGCAGCAGCUCAAGAACACGCCCAAGGACGCGUCGGUCGCCGACAAGCUCCUCGCGUACAACCGCGCCAACCGCCUCGUCGCCGUCCUGUGCAACCACCAGCGCUCCGUGUCCAAGGGCCACACGGCCGCCAUGGAGAAGCUCAUCGACAAGAUCCGCGCGCUCAAGUACCAGCGCAUGAAGCUGCGCAAGCAGCUGUUUGCCGUCGCCGACAAGCCCAAGAAGUACAAGGAGCCGUACGGCGACGACGAGUCGGACCUCGACGACGACUGGAUCAAGGAGCACGAGGUGGCGCUGGUCGUCGCCGAGCGCGAGAAGAUCCGCAAGAAGUUUGAGCGCGACAACACCAAGCGCGAGGCCGACGGCGAGAAGAAGCUCGCGCAGAAGGAGCUCGACGAGCGCCUCAAGGCGGCCGACGAGCUCGAGAAGUCGAUCAAGCGCGAGCGCAAACAGGGCUACAAGGAGUCGAAGCUGUCCGAGGACCGCCUCGUCGCCGCGCUCGUCAAGAUCGACGACCGCAUCCAGGUCGCCAAGACGGCCGCCACCGACCGCGACGAGGGCAAGGAGAUCUCGCUCGGCACGUCGAAGAUCAACUACCUCGACCCGCGCAUCUCGGUCGCGUGGGCCAAGGCCAACGACGUCCCGCUCAACAAGGUCAUGACCAAGACCCUCCUCGAGAAGUUUACCUGGAGCACUCACGUCGACGCGGACUUUGAGUGGUGAGCGACGGGAGGACGACGACCCGCUUGACGACGACGAGUGUACACUUUCCUCUCCCACACGUAGCUUGCCCCCCUCCCUCCUUCUCGCCUCGCUUUGCAACCCUCUCGCUUGCCCUGUG